GGUGAUGGAGUGGGUACUGGGUACUAGGUACUGGGUACUGGGGUCUCCGUGCGUCAGUGCUGAGGAAGCGCAAACACACCAUGUCUGUAACCAACACGGCCGCCGUCCUGUUGACUUUAUGCGCUGUUUUCGCAGUGGCCGAUGCAGAGGAAUGCGAAGUGUGUGUGGGGUUUUUGCAGCAUCUCUACACAUUCCUCGUGGCCAAACAUAAGGAGCUGUCCUCAGCACUUGUAGAGGAGGAGCUUAUGAAAGCAUGUGCUGAAGCUACAGGGAAGGAGAACCGCUUUUGUUAUUACCUUGGAGCUUCCAGCGACGCAGCUGCCAAAGUAACUGGAGAGGUGAGUCGACCCCUCAGUGCCCACGUCCCAGUGGAGAAGAUAUGUCAGAGGCUCCAGCACAGAGACCAACAGAUCUGUGAACUCAGAUAUGAGCAUCAGGUGCUGGACUGGAGCCGGGCAGCUCUGUCUAAGAUGCGGGUCCUUGGGUUGAAGCAAGUGUUGGCUUCGUGGGGAGAGGAAUGUCGAGCAUGUCUGGAAAAGACAGAUCUUAUAGACCUCAUCCAAGAGGUGGCCCCCAAACACAAGCCCGCACAGCCCAGGACAUAUUUAAAUGAGCUCUGAGGGCCCCCAUUGCAGCUCCGUGCUGGGGACACACAGAUUGUUGGGGGGCCUCAGACAGCUGUUCUUAAUAUAUCUUUGAGGUUUUUAAUCUGAUGUUGAGUUUUGCAGUCUCACUUAUGGCAUUUAUUGUUGUAGUAAAUCUGCUUUUUGGAUUGAUCUGAAGAACAUGCAUACUUUAUGAAACAUUAUUUUUUUGGGAGUUGACUGGUUUUGUGACUGGUUUCUUUUGGAAUAAAAAAGGAAGAGUUGAGUUUGUUA